AUGUCUUCUGUUUCCCUCUCCUCAGUGAUGGCUCUAGCAGCAGAUCGAUCGAUAAAUCAGCAUGAAAAUUUAGACAAAAGGAAAUACAAUAAUAACCACUCAAACAACAAUUAUCAAGGACACGGACGUGGUCGUGGACGAGGUAGAGGGUGUUAUCAAAUCGUGACAGAAACUGGAGUAAUGCAGCACGAGAAUUCAUCAUCAGCAAAUUAUUCACAUCAGGUCUCAUCGGAUAAUCGUCCUCCAUUGCUCCCAACACCGGUUCAGCAACAAAAUUAUCAGUUUUCGGUGAUUUUUCAACAGUGCAAAAAAGUUGGCCAUACCUCAAGGGUCUGUCCAAAACGAGGAAACUUUGCAUACCUUGCUGAAACCAAUAGUGCUGCUGUUUCAUCACCCAGUCACUCGGUUACAAAUUGGGGCAUUGAUUCAGGGGCAACACAUCACAUGACCUCGGAUCCUUCAUCUCUCUCUAAUGCCAACAAGACAGGCAAGGUUCUUCUUACUGGCAAUAGCUAUGGUGACCUAUAUUACAUUCAUACCAGUCCUCAGAUUUCAGAGAAGCUAGUUUUCUAUGGUGAAAGAGCAACUCAAGAUGUGUGGCAUGCUCGCCUUGGUCACCCUUCAUAUAGUCCAACUACAUCACCCGACGCAGCAUCCAAUCAUGAACCAAUUUCGCCUCCUUUAUUUUUCCCAAAUACUUCCUCCACAAUUUCGACUAGUCUUGAUUAUUCACCUAUGCAUACUAAAUUCGGAAGCCUCCAGCAAUUGAUCUAUGGAACUUCUCCCCAUCCAUUGCCGCACAGCCUUACUGCAAGUCUUCAAGUUCCCCUGUCUUUUGAACCUGCCACCUACAAAGAAGCUUCUCAAUAUUCUCAUUGGCAAACAGCCAUGAAGGAUGAAUAUGAUGCUUUAAUCCGCAAUGAUACUUGGUCUUUGGUCCCAGUCACACAAGGCAUGAAUAUCAUAGGGUGCAAGUGGGUGUACAAAGUGAAGCGAAAGGCGGACGUCCUGAUUGAGCGUCACAAGGCACGUCUUGUUGCUCAAGGGUACUGUUGA